AUGAAGCAGCAGCAGGUGCCGUUUGGUGGUUCGGUGGUGCGUCGCAAUGCACGUGAACGCAAUCGUGUCAAGCAGGUCAACAAUGGCUUCAGUCAACUGCGCCAACACAUACCCGUUGCCGUCAUUGCAGAUCUGAGCAAUGGCCGGCGUGGAAUUGGACCCGGUGCCGAUAAGAAGCUCAGCAAGGUCAGCACUUUGCGCAUGGCUGUCGAAUAUAUUCGACGCUUGCAGCGUGUCAUCGAUGAGAACGAUCAGCAAGAUCAGCAGCAGCAACAUCAGCAACAACAUCAGCAGCAACAGCCAUCAGCCCAGCAGCAACAAUUUAGCUACCAGCAGCAACAGUUGCAGCAACAGCAGCAGCAAUUCUUGGCGCUGCAACAGCAACUGCAGCUCAUAUCACCCGGCAGCAGCAGCAGCUGCAACAGCAGCAACAGCUCUUUCUGCAGCAGCAGCAGCACCAGCAACUAUUUUACAAAUCAGUCCGUGCAGCUGAAGAUGGAGCCCAGCUCUGGCAGCUAUGAAGACUAUCCCAAUAAUUCGUGCAGUUCAGGUGCGGAGGAUGAUGACAUUCUUGACUACAUCUCCUUGUGGCAGGACGAUAUGUGA